AUGGAUGCCAACAUGCCACCUGGUACCUAUCAUAUGUCAUCAAAUGUGCACGAUAAUCGCCGGAAUGAGAACGCUGUCGGAUACGUGACUGUGAACGUGCUUCUGGUACCGGAAGUUGCGUUUGUGAACCAGGGAUCGAUGCAGUUACUACUUGGCGAAGACUCCAGUUUGCAAACGCCUGAAGAUUUCAUUCGAGUGAAUGCCAGUGGCAAGAGUAUCCAGGACGUAUUCACGCAACAAAUGAUAAAAUACAUGGGUGGCAACGUUUUGCUGGAUGUGUUCGCUGUUCAGUUGGACUAUGCCAACUUUGCAAACACGUACCGUCCCUGUGUUGAACAUUCGUUUCUCUGCUCAUGGUUUUCUUUUCCUCCCUGCUUUCCUCGAGACUCAACCCAGCUGAACGGUUUGAUUUCGGCGAAUCGAGAUGAACUGCAAUCGAAAAUGGGUACCACCAUCGUCGGAGUGGGCAUAGACAUGUGCAAAUUUACCGUAUGCGAUUCGGGAUGUCAAACGAUCAGCACGGCAGAUUUCAAUGGAGUGGUUGUCUCAGCGAACAGUACUGUACUAGUUGGAGUGAAUGCUCAGUCGAAAGACGAAUGUACUUGUCCUGUAUGGCGUCCACCACCUCAGUGUCUGGCAGGACUGUGUCAUAACGAUGGCGUGUGCCACAACACUCAUCCGGGAUUCUUCUGCGAGUGCCGUAACGACCUUCUGAAGGGCUCAAGAUGUCAGGGAACAACGAGAUCGUUCUCUGGAGAUGGUUUCGCUUGGUAUAAACCAAUGCCGGCUUUCAACCCGACGCUGUCCUCUUCUACAACGGGCCCAAUGGACACAAAAACGACGGAGAAACAAAUCGACUACCGCGACUAUAUCAUCAUUCACCUGAGAGGAGGACGACUUGUCAUGGAGUACAUCGAGCUGGUGGUAGACCAAUGCCGCUAUCUUGGCGCUGGUACGGAUGACUCAGCGUGCAGGAAAUCGCUUUACACACCUGAUGAUGACGAACGUCUCAAUAUUGUCGCCCCGGUUCAGAUCGGAGGUCUUGCUCCAUUAGCCAACGGUCAAGCCUAUCCGUCAGCAGUACCAAGGACAGCUUUGAGUGGAUGUAUUCGUAACCUCAGAGUUAAUGACGAUCAGUACGAUCUGGCAACACCGGCAUAUGAAAAGAAUACCGCGAGUGGAUGCAAACUAUGGGGAGGGGCAUGUGAUAGUAAUGCUAUCGACAGCCUUAGCCAUUGUGUCCAUGGGGAUUGUUAUGCUGAUGUCCAGGGCAGUACAUCAUUGGUCCCGAAAUGCAUAUGUGAUCCUGGAUGGGGUGGUGCUCGUUGUGAGAAGAAGAUCGAAUGGAUUCAAAUGCAAUCGGGUGGAUUCAUAGAUUACUCGCCAAAGAUUGCUUUCCCCGAACAAACGAACGACAUCGAGUUGCUUUUUAUUCCGGGACGAGUCAGUGGCGCCGCCGAACUCACCUAUGGAGCGGAUAAGUCGCAGAACUACGUCUCAACAUCAGCUGAGAUGACUUCCGAUGGUUUGACACCUAUGGCGAAGUUCGAUCUUGGCGGAGUACGGAAUUCGCUUACGCAGCUUCGAAUCAACGAGCUGUCGCUCAAGGAGAAUUCUUCUUACUGGAUGCAUUUCACGAGGAAUCCUACUAGAGCGUCGCUAUCAAUCGACGACGCGUACUAUACGUCGCAAGUGUUGGAUCCAACUGGUAGUUCACAGUCGUUUGCCUUGCAAGUCAGCGAGCUGUUCCUCGGAACACAUAGUGGUGGACGAGGUUUCCAGGGAUGUGUUGGAACGUAUCGCUGGUCAAACCAGAAUCUUCCAUUGCGUCGUCCAUCUAAUCAGGCUGUUGAUCCAGACGAUGAAAGCAUAGUUUCCAUCACAAAAUCGGAAGGAGUUUCUGAUGAUAAAGAGGGCUUCGGCAAGCUUUUCAAUGGCAUUGAUCCGCCUAAACAAGGAGCGUAG